CCACCCAGUAAUCCAGUAUCGUUGCAGAGCUUAAAGUAAAACAUCCUCACUCUCGCACUCCCCCCCAACUCCCCGAAAAAGAUGAGGAACCACAUUUCCUUCAGCGACGAAGAUGAGAACGAGUCAUCAAAGUCGCCCUUCUGCUGGUGGAGAUCAGCCGAGCACUUCAAUGACCAGGGCCAGCUCAAGCUCGACCUCUCAAACCUCUCCAACCUCACUCCCAGAGUCAAAGUCCUUAGAGAAAUGGAGAGACUCGCCUUAAUUGCCCCCGAAGGUCUCGACGACCUCCGACAUAAGCUUCUCGCCUACCGUUCUGGCGAUUUUUGGCUACCCAUAGGCGGAAUCAAGAAGGAAAACAUGGAUGUUCCCUCAGUUGUCACGAUUCUCUUGGUGGGCUUCUCCGGUUCCGGGAAAAGCUCCCUCGUAAACCUUUUGUAUAGCGUUCUGGGUCGCUCAGGACUGAUUCCUUUUGCUCAUACCUCCGGAAACACUUCGAAUUACACUACUACGUUCUUGGAAGAACACAAUGUGCUGAGGUCGCUGCGUAGUGGGUUCUGCGUGUAUGAUUCGAGGGGUUUGGACUACAAUGGGGUGGAUGAGAGUCUGGAGCGGUUGUCGGGGUGGUUGGCUGAUGGGGUUCACCAUCACCAGCUCUGUCAAAAGUCAGCAGACGAGGAGUCAAAGCCAUUAAUUGGGUCCAUGGCAUCACCAUCGAAGUUCACCAGGAGAAGAGUAAACUGUGUCAUGGUGGUGGCGAACAUUGCAGAGAUCUACCAAGCAUUGAAGAAAGGCGACCUAAAGCCAAUGGAAGCGACGAAAACUCUCUUCAACUGUCCAGCUAUAAGGAAAUGCAAUGAGAACCCAAUCCUGAUAUUGACGCAUGGCGACAAGCUAUCCCCCGAGGAGAGGAUCGACGGGCGGGUGAAGAUCUGCAAGUUUCUGGGGAUAUCAGAGACGACGGGGACCUACGAUAUUGUGUGCCUGACCGAGCACGGCUUCCUCCCAGAUGAAGCGGACCCCAUCACUGCUUAUGCUCUGACGGAGGCGAUGUACAGGGCGUUGAUCCUGUCGGACAGGACUCACCCUCCGAAGAGAAGCGUCAAAGACUGGGUGGAGUUGCUGGUGUCAUGGCUCAUGUGCUCCAUCGCUGCAAUCUUUGCUCUCCUGGCUUAUUUCUUCUCCAAACUCGGUCGCAAGGACAAUAAACUCAAACUCAUGUGAAAGUGAGAUCGAGAUCAACCAAACCAGACCAAAAUAGGAAAGGAAAGGUGGCUUAAUUUAGUCCCGUUUUAGAGAGUAUAGACUAUAGACUAUAAUUAAGAUGGUGUCCUAAUCUAGUAUUAUCCCUGGCCUCUCUUUUUCUUUUUAAGCUGCUGGUUCGGUCGAGCUUGAAUCGAGUUAUCGACUUCAAUUCACAAAUGCAGUCGUGUUCGGUCUUUCUAUCUCUAUCCCUGGUACGUUAGGUUCGUGAUGAUCCUAUUUUCCGGCAGGACACCCUUUAAAUUAGUAAGUCGCAGGAUGUUUACAACUAUGUCAUCGCUAGCUCUCCGGUCCUUAAUCGGAGUAGCAGCUAGCAUGUACUUUCUUCUUUAUUCAAUAAAAUUUCAAUUUAGUGAA